AUGGCUUUGACAUCAACACCUCGGCUGCAACGAACUUAUCAGGACUUCGAGGGCUACUACUGCCCCAGUGGCAUGGAUACGACUGGCGCUCCAAGCUAUGUGAAGACGCAAAUCCCAAGCCUCGGAAGCCUUCAGCUCUCGAAGAAUGACCCCAAGGCCACUGAGCAUUGGACCUUGAGCUGGAACCGCUUCUUCAAACAGUGGGAUCUCUUCGGAAAGGGGAAGCUAGUGGCAUCUCUUCCUGGGGAAGACGAAUCGCCGGUGGCGGUGAACGCUUCGGGGGGCAACUUUUCGGCGACCUUCAUCGAGUUCUUGACUGCUGCCUAUGUGAUGGGGCCAAAGCCAAAGUCCCCUUUCCCAAGCCAGAAGCCGAAGCCACCAGUGCUCCAGGCUUUCCACGCGCAGGAUGCAGACUACAAGGAGUAUUGCAACCCCUUCUAUCUGCAGAACCCUUUUGCUUACCCAGGAUCUAUUGAGCCCGAAGAUCCUUGCUACCACACUUUUCAUGCGACGGUUGCAGAGCUAGAUCCGGCGCCCAAGAAGCCAUUGUUGAAAGGCAUUACGGAGCAGGCAGGGCGUGUGGCGAACUUUGAGGAGACAUUUCCAAUGCCAGGCCUUCUGGCAAUGCAGCCAGCGGAGCAAAACGCGCGAUUUUUUGAGUGGUGCGACCGUGGCACACAAUCAAAAGAUGCAGAAGAUGAUCUCUGA